ACACACACACACACAUACCUUGAAUUGCUUCUUUAUACAGAUAAAGAAGAAUUCUUUGUUCCUGCUCCCAGCUAUUUUGAAGUGGUGUACCUCAACCCAGAUAAACCUGCUGUGAUUCCCUGCCGAGUCACCAACCCAUCAGCAAAAGUAACUCUUCACCAAGAGUUUCCAGCAGAAGAAAUCAAAGUGGAUGGGACCAACAUUAUCUAUGAUGCCAAGAAGGGUUUCAUCUACCAACAUCCAACCUCUGAUCAGAAAGGAAUAGUUUACUGCAGAGCUGAAUCAUGGGGGACACCUCAGAUUUCUAUUAAAUACCAAUUGCUUUAUGUUGAAGUUCCUUAUGGACCUCCUUCAACUACAAUCAAAGCAUCAUCUAAUAAAUUACAGGGCGGGGGUGAUGUUAAUGUUUUGUGCACAGUUUUGGGGCAGCCAGAUAUAGAAGUGGAAUUUAAUUGGAUAUAUCCAGGGCAACAGUAUAAAAGACCAGUAAAUAUCCAAGACUCUUGGAGGUUGAUUGAUAGAGGAGUUGGUCAUACUACAAGAAUCUCUGAGAGCAUUAUUACUGUUGAAGAUCUGGAAACCAUUGAUGCUGGAAACUAUGUAUGCAUUGCUCAGAAUCUUCGAGGACAAACCACAGUAGCUACUCAGGUUGAACUAAUCUGAGGUCUCCAGGCAGAUGGAACAAGAAAUAGACUGACUAGUUCCUGACUAGCUUUAAAACUGGAACUGGAAAUACAU